UUCACUUGUCGCCCAUCAAGCUGUCACAACCUGAGGGAAGAAGUUCAUCAACACUUGUCAGUGUAAACUCCAUCUUUACACGGAUAAUUAACCCUGACAACUAAAAGAUGUGGAAGUCAGUCGUGGGCCACAAUGUGAGCGUGAAGGUGGCCGCAGAGGGCGACGACUGGGAGACAGACCCUGAUUUUGAGAAUGACGUAUCAGAGCAGGAGCAGAGGUGGGGAGCCAAGACCAUUGAGGGUUCAGGACGUAAAGAGCACAUCAGUGUUGCAGAGCUCAGAAGCAAAGUGGUUGGGGAGCACGAGCAGGUGAAGCAGAAGGAACAGACUCCCAAAGCCUCGUACGGAUAUGGAGGGAAGUUUGGAGUCGAAAAAGACCGAAUGGACAAGGCGGCUCUGGGGCACGACUAUGUGGCACAGGUCGAGCAGCACUCCUCUCAGAAAGAUGCAGCGAAAGGGUUCGGUGGGAAAUUUGGUGUUCAGAAAGACCGAGUGGACAAGUCCGCCCUGGGCUUUGAAUACAAAGGAGAGGUGCAGCAACAUGCAUCUCAGAAAGGUAAGUCCCCUGUCAUCCACCUUCUCACUUACAGUACAAUAUUUCCCUUUUGGAAGUUGCCACCUAACAGAAUUUUACUUAAAAUCCAAAUGUUUUUAGAUUACUCAAAGGGCUUUGGAGGAAAAUACGGAGUGGAGAAGGAGAAAGUGGAUAAGGCCGCUUUGGGGUACGACUAUAAAGGACAAACAGAGAAGCACCAGUCACAAAAAGACUACUCUAAGGGAUUCGGAGGGAAGUACGGUGUGGAGAAGGAGAAGGUGGACAAAGCUGCUUUGGGGUACGACUACAAAGGAGAGACAGAGAUGCACCAGUCGCAGAAAGAUUAUUCGAAGGGAUUUGGAGGGAAGUUUGGUGUCGAGAAGGAGAAGGUGGAUAAAGCUGCGUUGGGUUACGAUUAUAAGGGCGAGACGGAGAAACAUCAGUCACAGAAAGAUUAUUCAGCAGGUUUUGGAGGUCGUUACGGAGUUCAGGAAGAUCGCAUGGAUAAGAGUGCAGCCGGCUUCUCUGACAUUGACUCUCCAACCUCAGCGUAUGAAAAGACACAACCAAUAGAGGCCUGUAGUUCAGGCGCAGGAAAGCUGAAGGCCCGUUUUGAGAACAUGGCCAAAGCGUCAGAUGAAGAGAGCAAGAAGAAGGCAGAAGAAGAGAAAGCGAGGAGACAAGCCAGGGAGAGCAGAGAGCGAGAGGCGGCCAAACGCAGACAAGAGGAGGAGAGCAGAAGACAGGAGGAAAUCCGUCCACCACCUGUACCAAAUGUGGUUCCAGAUGUGGAACCAGAUGUGGAGUACGAAAUGCCACCAGAAGAAUUCCCCCAGCACAUGCCACAGAUACAAGAAACACCGGAGCCACAGCCAGAGUCUGAGGAGGAACCAGAAUACGACGAGCCCCCGGCCUUGCCUCCACGCUCAGAUGAUUUCCUUGAGCUCGAUGCUCCUCCCCCUCUACCCAACCGGUCAGCUGAUGUGGAGGAGGACGAAGGAGAGGACGAAGGAGAGUACGAGGAACUUAUUGAGCCGCCUCCUCCUGCACCGCAAGCUGACGAUAACGACUAUGAGGACCUGACGUCCGGUCAGACGGCAGUAGCGAUUUACGACUACGAAGGAGAGGCUGACGACGAGAUCUCCUUCAACCCGGAUGACAUCAUCACCAACAUAGAGAUGAUUGACGAGGGCUGGUGGAAGGGACAUUGUCACGGACGUGUCGGUCUUUUCCCGGCCGCUUACGUUCAGCUGCAGUGAGCGCCGUGAGGGAGGUUUUGCACAAGCUUCAAACAACUAUGUUUCUGAGGUUUUUAGACAGAGGGAAUUCACUUUAGCAACCUAUUUAUAAAAUAACUGUGUUCCAGUCCCCAUACUACCAUACUGUAUAGUCUGCCAGAAAAAGAUUUAGUAAGUCCCAAUAGAUAGUAUGUCAAACGCAGCAUGCCAAAAAUACCAGGAUGUUCUACUACAUCCGGUCCGGUUUUGCAGUAUGUAAGUAUGUAAGCCAGCAUGUUUUUCUGGCUAUACUGACCCACAAUCCUUUGCACAGCAGCAGAUACGUCACAUCAACUGAGCCGCAAACACGUAACUGAUUGACAGCAAUGGUGGAAUUACAUCUGCAUUUUUCUGUCAGUUAUUUUCAAUCUGUGCAGUUAUAACUUAAAAACCACAUACAUGCAAACUAACAACAGCAGAGCUCUCAGGUUGAUCUGUCUCUGGCGAACCCAGUAAGUGGCAUUUUUAUCUCCAAGGUAACACAUAUGAAAGCAAGAGGAGGUUCAGGGCGUAAAGUUUGUGCAUACUGCAUGGAGCAGUACACUCUCUC